GUAGAGGCCUGUCCUUGGUCACGAUGAGAUUGUUCCCCGGGCUCCUUGUGGCACAUGGCCGUGUGGCCCGGCGUAUGGGGCUGGGGCCCCGCUCCAGGCUGGACAUGCUGCGGAACCUUCUGACUGCCCUGGUCAGACAUGAGCGAAUAGAGACUACCUGGGCCCGAGCGGACGAGCUGCGCUUCUAUGCUGACAAGAUUAUUGAUUAUGGGAAAUGUGGAGAUAGUGACAAGAAAGCAAUGAAAAUGGCCGACUUUUGGCUAACAGAGAAGGAUCUUAUUCACAAGCUAUUUAAGACACUGGUUCCUCGCUUUCAUUUGCAUAAUAGCAACUACACAAGUAUGUACCAGAUACCAAACCGGGAAAAUCUGGACCGUGCCAAGAUGGCAGUUAUAGAGUACCAAGGUAACCCGUUGCCCCCCCUGCCUGUUCACCGAAGGGACAAUGAGAAGACGCUUCUGAAUCAGCUCCUGUUGGGUUAUCGUCUAGACAAUCCUCUGCAGUCCAGGAAGAUCUGAUUCUCCUCCUGGGAUUUAUUGGAUUCUGCCCCAUAGACGCCCAGGUGUGAUCACUGAUCCUGCACUUACAGUGUUUGGAGAGUUUGUCAUGGUGAUGGAAUGUCUCCAGCUAUAAUAAAGAAAUAGCAAAUAUAUGUUCUAAUAAAGAAAGUAAAUUAUU